AUGGAAACAGCGACGAAGCAGAGUGUCACAAAUCGACUUCUCGCCGUGAAGACAGUUUCCGGCAAGACGUACAGCCAACUAGCGGCGGAGACCGGUCUCACCAACGUCUACGUAGCCCAGCUGCUCCGUCGCCAGGCCCAGCUCAAACCCGAUACAGUCCCGAAGCUCCGGGAAGCCUUACCGGCUCUGACCGAUGACCUCAUCGACGCGAUGAUGUCUCCGCCGUGGAGAUCCUAUGAUCCCAACCUCAUCCAAGAACCCACCAUCUACAGGUUGAAUGAAGCAGUGAUGCAUUUCGGUGAGAGCAUAAAGGAGAUUAUCAACGAAGAUUUCGGCGACGGCAUCAUGUCGGCGAUAGACUUCUAUUGCUCUGUGGACAAAAUCAAAGGUGUAGAUGGUAAUGAUCGUGUGGUUGUGACACUUGAUGGGAAGUAUCUAUCGCAUUCAGAACAGAGGACGGAGAAUAUGGUCUCAAGGCAAAACCUCCAAGGAAGUACAAGCAAAUGA